AUGGCUCUUAUCGGCAGACUGAUAUGCUUCAGAUCAGGAAAUAACAGGCCAAGAAUUAUGCGCACCGUCAGGAUGGCGUUUGCUGGGACAAAUGUCAGUUUAUCCCAGCCGGAUAUAACGCAAAAACUGAUGGAGCGCAUAGAUGAUCUGAAGCAAAGGAUCGCUGCUUGGGGAAAGCGGAUUCGGCGAUAUACCGAGAGGUCGACACGGUUCAACCAGAAUCGUCUCUUCCAGAGAGAUCAGAAGAGGCUCUAUGCAUCAUUUGAGCGACCAAUAGUAAGUGGAACGGGCCCAGCACCAAAUAAGGCCGACACUGUAGCAUUCUGGCGCGGCCUGUGGUCAGAGCCCGUAAACCACAGCGAAGGCCCUUAG